AUUUCCACCAUUGCCAAUAGGAUCUUCGAGCUCGCCACUGCGUCGACAGUUUCUCAGCAGCAGUAGAAGGAGGAGGAGGUCCUGAGAGACAAUGGCGAAGUCUUGCAAGGGUCUGGCCAUGGAGCUCGUGAAGUGCCUCAGCGAAUCCGAUUGUGUCAAGGUUCAGAAGCGAUCCUACAGGGAGUGCGCGGGAGAGAAGAGCCCCUGCAUACCGAGCGAGUGCGUCGGCCUGAGGGAGACCUACUUCAACUGCAAGCGAGGCCAGGUCGACAUGAGAGCUAGGAUCCGAGGAAACAAGGGCUACUAGUCACUGAAUGUUUUGUAAGUCCUUUUUUGAAAAUUGAGGGAAUGGAACGGAUGAUGUAUGUUGAUUAGCUCGAAUGAAUAUGUCGCGCGAAAGCGGUUUUCUGCAAGGAGUAAAGAAGUGAAAAAAGUUCCUGUUUUGUUGAUUACUAUUCUGUGACAGUUACUAAUUCGAUUCGUAUAUCUCCGAAUAUAUACCGUCAUAGCAUUGACCACUCAA